AGAAAGAUGGCCACAGCUAACGUUAGCUAGCAGCAGCGGCUCGAAAAAUGCUGCGCUCUUCGUCUUUUCCGCUUUAUUUCCUCUUCACACGAGGCACAGCCGCCACUAAAAAUCACUUUACAGGUUGUGUAAGAAUAUAAUCCCCACUGUGUGUUGCCGGAGUGGUUUAUUGAGUAGUUUUUCGGGGGGCUGUGUGUGUUUGUGCAGGGGGAGGGGGGCUCCUCAGGUCAGCUGUCCGUCAGUUAAACGUCAGUAAGAACUGUGGGAACCAGUCUUCAUGGCGGCGCCGGUAAACAUCCAGGCUCCCAGUAAGACCUGGGAGCUGAGUCUGUAUGAGCUUCACAGGAGCCCUCAGGAGGCGAUCAUGGAUGGGACGGAGGUGGCGGUGUCUCCUCGCGCUCUGCACAGCGAGCUGAUGUGUCCCAUCUGUCUGGACAUGCUGAAGAACACCAUGACAACCAAAGAGUGUCUGCACCGCUUCUGCUCCGACUGCAUCGUCACGGCGCUGCGAUCAGGGAACAAAGAGUGUCCGACUUGUAGGAAGAAGCUGGUCUCCAGGCGUUCGCUGCGCCGAGACUCAAACUUCGACGCCCUGAUCUCGAAGAUCUACCCGAGUCGGGACGAGUACGAGGCUCAUCAGCGCCGCGUCCUGGAGCGACUCAACAGGCUGCACAACAAGGAGGCCUUGAGCUCUAGCAUCGAGGAGGGGCUCCGACAGCAGGCCCGCUACAGGUCCGAGAGGAACCACCGGGUGAAGAAGCCGACGCAGGAGAGCGACAACACCACCUUCAGCGGAGGUGAAGACAACGGCGACGCCCGCUCACACCUGUCUCAUGACUCGGCCCCCUCACACACCCCUCACCCGCCAGGUCAGACCCCCUCAGAGGCCGGGCCGAGCCGCAAGCGACCGCGAGCGUCCGAUGACGGCUCUGGGCCAGAGGCGGACAGCGGCAGCCCAACGCCUCCGCUGAGGCGCCACAAAGAGGGGCCGACCUCUGAGAUCGAGCUGGUGUUCAGACCACAUCCAGAGCUGGUCCAAGCUCAGGACUACAACCAGACCAGAUAUGUGAAGACGACAGCCAACGCCACAGUGGACCAUCUGUCUAAGUACCUUGCUCUGCGCAUCGCCCUGGAGGACAGACAGGCCAACGGAGAAACAGAGGACAAACGGAGAGAGGAGGGAGGAGGAGGAGCAGGAGGAGGAGGAGGAGAGGAAGUAGGAGCAGGAGAAGGUGGAGGAGCAGCAGGAAGUGGAGAGGGGUCGAGCCUGAGCAACAUCAGUGAGAAACAGUACACCAUCUACAUCAUGACCAGAGGAGGACAGUUCUCUACGCUGAACGGCUCUCUGACUCUGGAGUUGGUAAACGAGAAAUACUGGAAGGUGAGGAAGCCUCUGGAGCUCUACUACGCUCCCACCAAGGACCAACAACAACAACAACAACAACAACAACAACAACAGCAACAGCAACAGCAGCAACAACAACAACAACAACAACAACAACAACAACAACAGCAACAACAAGCACCUCCUCAGCCGCCACAGAAGUCUCCGGCUCCUCAGAGGGAGGGAUGAAGCAGAGCUGCUCUUCUCUUCAUCCGCACGUCUUCUUCUCCUGAAGGUGGAAGUUCACUCGCUGCAGUUUCACAGCUUCUUAUCUCCAUAUCUUUUUUUUUUUUUAUUUUUAAGUACUUGCAUUAAGAGUCUUAUUUGAUUUCAUUUGGAACGUGUGAUUUUUGAAGGAUUUAUCAAGAAGAAGAAAACAAACAAACCACUAAAUAGCAGCUGGUAAAUUUUUGCUUUGUGUGCUUUUGCGGAAACGUUUUUCGGUAAAUAACGACACGCCUUCGUUUGAAGGUAAAGAUGAGUUAUCAGGGAGAUUUGGGAUCAUAAACCCGCUGUGGCUGAUGGACCCAGAGGCGGCAAGCGGGACGUUUUUCCUUCUGCUUUCUCCUGAUAUAAAAACUUCU